AUGAACGAGUCCACAGCUCAGACAACUCCAAAAUCGAUAGAAGACACUACUUCCACACCCCCUGAAGUCCGAACUGAAAGAAUUUCAGAUGACAAAUUGGUUAUUGCUGAAGCUGCCUUUUCCUCAGCAUCUUGUACUGUAUCUCCUCCAAUUUCAUUGACUCAAUUCCACGAAAGUAGAGGUACAAGGUCUGCAGAGUCCAUUUCCUUAUUGUCCAAGAAGAGGUUUUCUAGUAUAGGUGGAACUGAGUCGGACGCUGUGGGUGAUAUUGAAGACUCAGCUCAUGAUAGGUUGUGUCAGAGGAAGAAGAGUAAAGUGAAUGAAUCACUAUUUGAUCGGUUUCGAAGGAGCAGAGGCUUGUCUGUCACAGAUCUUACUGGCACGGAAUGGUGUGAGAAACAGAUGGAGUUUGUUUUAUGCCGGGGGAGACCAAAACCUACCAAAGCUAUGCAAGCAGGCUCUGCUAGGCAUGCGGAACUUGAAGAAGAGGUGAUUAAAAGGGUGAAAAUUGGAGCUACAACAGCAGAAGACAGAUGGGCUUUGAAAUUUGCCAACUUUAUAAUUGGUGCAAACCAGUUAUUGCUCAAAGGACUAACACGUGAACUUCCAUUAGUGAGCUUUGAAAAAGGUGUGUGGAUGGUGGGGAUAAUUGAUGAAAUUCGAAUACCUCUCACAGAGGCCAAAAGAUAUGCCACCUUAGUUGAUACAAAAACUCGUGCAGUACCAAAGCCCCCUGCCAAACCACAACAGAGAAUUGGAAGGCUUCAGUUGAUGUGCUAUAAGCGUCUCUGGGACAACUUAGUAACCAGUAACUUUCCAUCCGGGAAAUUCUUCGAUUUCUUCACUUUGAAUCCCCAUUAUGUUCUACCCUCAGAAAUCAAGGAGAGUAUGGCUACGUAUAGUAUUACAGUGGAGACUCUCACAGAUUUGGUGGAUUUAUACCAGAAUACUUGCCGCCGGCUGCCUCCAGCACAUGAUGAGCUAUUACUAAGGUAUGAGUUACAGAAAGAUCAAUCUUUGAUUGGCGAAGAUCGGUUUGAUAAUGAUGAUGGUUGGCUAGACAUUAAACUAAAGUCUUGUCUUGAGUUCUGGUUUGAGGAACGAGAGCCCAGCUACACUCCAGAGGAGGAACGAUGGAAAUGCAGAUUUUGUACAUUUUCUUCAUUGUGCCCCGUAAAUUCUGUUGCUGGGCCUAGCUUAUAA